AUGAGCGACUUGGAUCCGUCACAGCCGGCACCCAGGUUGGCAUCUGCCGGCAUGGUCGACGAGUGGUCACAUCUGCUCCCCGGUCCGGAUCGCAGUGCAUUCGUCGCGGCAUACACAGAAGCAGAAGCAGACGUUGGGCGCCUAAAGGCUGUACUCAGUCGCUAUUUCUCAACGUGGAAAACAAGCCUGAUGGCCGACGAUCUGAGCAGGCUACAAAUGCUGGGCACAUAUGUGCAGAUACGAGACUAUGUCAAAGUCAUCUGGAUUGAGGAUGACUCUGACGAAUUCGGGGAAACGUCACCUUCGGAAUCCUCCGCCAUCUGGCCGCGGCAUGAAAACGGACAGGUUGUAGCCGAGGCGCUGGGGGUAGAACUCCUCAAGUCUAUGCUUGCAGCCCAGCAGCUUUGUCCUGUUAGGCUCGAAAUCAGAGAUAAGCACACCGUAAGCGCGCGUUCAGAUCCGGAGAAGGCGGUAAUCCUCGCGCGUGACAUCUUGCAUGGUGCUGACCUGGCCGUAACCGACUUCGUUUUGCGAAAACAAUCACCAAAGACAACCAUCAUCGUUGUUGAGCUGUCAGCUGAACAUCAGGGCCAGGACACCGGGUAUUCCAUCCUGCGAAAAGCAGAGUUAUGCCUUAGUCAGAACCUAUACUCGUUUUUAGCCGAGGAUGUCCUCCUCCAUGCACCAGCGCUUAAAGAGCUCUCACUCUCUUUCUCGCAGCCUCGUCACAUGGCGCAUACUCCUCCCUUUAUCCUUCACAAUGCGACCUUGCCAGCACUGGAGAGGCUAGAGAUCUCCAUGGCCAGGCUUUCCGCCCCAACUAUCAUGGCGAUCCUGAGCAAGUCGAAACAGAGCCUGACGGGUAUCAAGUUUCGCCUAACCACGCUUGUCAAUAAUUCAACUUGGGCGGAGCUGCUGAACCGCAUUUGCAACGAAUUCCCUAAUUUGACUUGGUUUGAGCUUAUUCAUCUCUCAGAAGGGCCUAAUAGACAGUUUAGGAUCACCUUCCUUGGUCUCGAAAAGGAUUCGGUGGUCGGAGAGCCUUACAAGAACGGGCUGAAGCUGCAGCUGAAAGCCCCUGUGGGGGGUAACAAACGCAUCCCUUGGGUUGAGUAUGGGGGACCCGAUGCGAAUCAUGUGCUUAGGAUCGUUGCAAAAUACGCCGUGGCUGCACCAGUCCCCUAG